UUAGAAAUGAAUGCUGAAACAAAAAAAUUAAUACAAAUUCUUUUAAUCGGAACAUGUAUCAUCAAGAUUGUAUCUUUAGUAUUAGCAAGUGUUGUAUAUUCGAGAAACGAGGAAGGAAAUAAUGAAAAUUACAAUAUUAUUUGGGCUGUAAUAGUGGGUCUCUUGGUAGUUUUUGAGAUUACGAGUUACAUAAUAGAAAAUCGAGCUCUACUGACGUUAAUUCUGACGAAAUUAAUCCUGAGCCUAUGUGAAGUGGUAUUAUUAGUCUUUUCCUAUGGAAUUGAAUGUCAACCUAAAAGCCUUUGUCAAGUUAAUGAUAUUUUUAAAGGGUUCAUAACUUCAUGUGAUUUGUUGAGUUUAAUUUAUAUUAUCUAUCUUCAUCGUAAACUAUCAGUACUAGCCAGGCGUAGAGCAUUAGAAGCAAACUUACUUGAUGUUUUAGGAGAAAAUGAAUAUCCAAAAAACCCUGUUCCACCAGCAGUAGACGAAGUUGAAAUUGAGGAGGUUAUGUCUUAAUUAUUACUUACGGCCAAUACUAAAUUAAAAUUAUCUAAUCCUAAUAAAAUUUAUGUAAUUUUUACGUCCUUAAUAUUACAAAUAAAUUAAUGUAAAAUAAUAUUUUCGAAAUUUUAUUAGUUUCGGCGCCUUAAAAUUAUGAAUGAUAUUUAUCAUGCUUAAAAGCGC